AUGGUGACUCUUUCAUCUUCAUCUCCAUCUUUGAAUUAUUACCAGUAUCAAGCUAUUCUUCGCUUGCCACGUGUCCCUUCAAUCUCUUCUAAUCUUCUUAAAGGCCCCAAGAGAAAUGGAAACUCAGUUAUUUUCUGCUACAAUAACACUGUGCCUGAUUCAAGAACAGGUGAGCAAGUUAAAGGAGAAUGCGUAACCAAGAGAAGAGAGCUCCUGCUACAGGCAGGCUCUGUUGCACUUUCUCUGUCCGCCUUUACAUCGAUUGCAUUGGCAGAGAACGAUGUCCCGGAGGAUUUUCGUGUUUAUUCAGAUGAUGUCAACAAGUUUAAGAUCAUGAUACCUAGUGAUUGGCAAAUAGGCGCGGGAGAAGGUGAUGGAGUAAGGUCACUCUUAGCUUUCUAUCCUCCAGAAGCUUCUAACUCAAAUGUCAGCAUUGUAAUCACAAGCCUUGGUGCUGAUUUCACCAAGUUGGAAUCUUUCGGGAAAGUUGAUGCUUUUGCUGAGAAUCUGGUCAGUGGAUUAGACAGAAGCUGGCAAAGGCCUCCGGGAGUGAAAGCAAAACUCAUAGAUAGCAAAGCUUCUAAAGGGUUGUAUUACAUCGAGUACACUCUCCAAAAUCCCGGUGAAAGUCUCAGACAUCUAUUUUCAGUGCUCGGGAUAGCAGACAAUGGGAUUUACAACAGACUGUAUACUCUCACUGGACAGUUUGUAGACGAGGAGGCAGAGAAAUAUGGUGCCAAAAUACAGAAGGCUGUUUCUUCUUUCAGAUUAAUAUGAUGACAUAAAUAGAGAACGCGAUAUCACAAAUUUUGGCUUGAGCUUCUGGUUUUUCUCGUUGGUGAAUGGUAAACAUAAUUGAGAGCGCGAUAUCACAAAUUCAAGUUCUGGUUAAGGUAUAUUAUGACAACUCAAGAAAAACUGUAGUUGUAAGUAUGAACCAGCAACUUGAUCAAUGUUAGAGCUAGCAUUUGCAUAUAUUGUUAUAUACCAAAAAUGUAUGGAAUUUUUCGAUAAAAAUAUGACCUUGGUGCAAAUAAUUUGAUGCUCAAGUUUUGAUUAUA